AUGAGGGCGGUCAUUCAGAGGGUCAAGAGCGCGUCCGUCACCGUGGACGGCGCGGUGGUAUCGUCCAUCGGCCCCGGGCUCGUGGUCCUCGUGGGCAUAGGCGGCGACGACACCGAGGAGGAUGCGGAGUACGUCGCGGGGAAGUGCCUCCGCGCUCGCCUGUUCCCUGGAGACCCGCCAUUGGGCGAGGGGGGCGCGAAGAAUUGGGACGGCGCCAAGCCUUGGGACAGGAGCGUCAUGGACAUCGACGGCGAGGUCCUCUUCGUGUCGCAGUUUACCCUCCACGGCUACUUCAAGGGGAACCGCCCGGACUUCCACAGAGCCAUGGCGCCGGAGCAGGCGAAGGCGUUCUACCGAGAUUUCCUCGCGUGCGCCAGGGAGAGGGUGUACGCGGGCAAGGGGACGCGAAUAAAGGACGGGAUAUUCGGCGCCAAGAUGGACGUCGCGCUGGUGAACGACGGACCCGUCACGCUGCUGAUGGACAGCCGCGAUCGCAAGUAG